AUGUGCAAUAACCACCCACGCCGCCAACGCCAAAUCCUUGCAACUACAAUCAUCACCAGCCUCCAAGAAUACAGCAAGUCCCGCAACCUUAGGCCCUACUCUCCUUCCUCUUCCUCAGAUUCAUCAUCCCACUCUUUCCAAGAACCGAUGACUAAAGGCAUAGCUUACAUGCCACCCCACUACACGGAGGAGGCCACCAUUGACCCAAAUCCACCAGCAUACGAAUCCCUCGCUUCAACCACCACCCCUACUGCUACUAUUAUCGACGAAAAACAACAAUUAUACCGUUUAAGCACCGAGGAACAGGUUCCUCCCCAUGUCAGUGAGGGCUAUAAUCUCAAUACGGGAUUAGAUAGUUCAAACUCGGUACCACGGUAUAUAACACCUACUGUUUCGGCGGGCGCGGCACCGCUACCGUUGAUAACGCUAUCUCCUGCCACAACAAGAACGACAACUACGACAUCAUCCGCGCCGCAAUCUGAACCAUUAAACCACCUCUUGGCCUCCAUCACACAAUACUUUGAUACACAGAUCAAACUUCACUCUAGUCGCCCAGCUACCGUCCGGAAACUGGAAUACAAAAAGGCAAAGAAGCUAUUAAAAGCCGAGAAGAAAUAUAAGGACCAUCUGUCAAAGGGGAAGGAUAUGAAAUACGAAAUAAAGAUGGAAAAGAGAGCGGAGAAAGUGGAGAAGUGGACGGAAUUUAUGGUAAAAAAGAGCGUAGGAAAACAUGAAAAGCAUGUUAAGAAGCAUGGAAGAUGUUGUGAUCAUGUCCCUGUCAAUCAACAGCAGGCAGGGACUGUUGAUCACUAG